ACAAAAUUAACAAGCUAGCUAUCAUUCCUCCAAGUGUCAAGUACUUACGAAACGAAUAUGCCGGCAUUGGUGAAGAUCGGGCAGUGGGGUGGAUAUGGAGGGUCAGCUCAGGACAUCACUGUGACACCCAUCAAACUCACCGGCAUGACAAUUCGUAGCGGAAAUGCGAUCGAUUCCAUAAGCUUCUCCUACAGUGGCAUUGACGGACAGGAGCAUGUCGUGGGCCCAUGGGGUGGUAACGGUGGACACGCUACCACGAUCAUGUUAGGCCCUACGGAGCAUGUGAUAGAAGUUUCUGGAACCCAUGGCAAGUUUGGACCUGUAGCUGAUGUUGUGACGUACCUUAAGAUUGUCACCGACAUUACAACAUAUGAGUUCGGUGUGCGUAGUGGAACAGACUUCAGUGUCCCGCUGCAGGGCGGUGCCCAUGUUGUUGGUUUCUUUGGACGCUUUGGAGUGCUCAUGGAUGCGAUUGGCAUCUACACCCGCCCAUGAUGCUUCACAUUACCUACCCACGUUAGAGUGUCAUUGUUUCGUUUAUGUUUAUGCUUAUAAUUUAAAUUAUUUAAGUUUUAAAUUUUAAUUUUUAGUUAAUUUUGUGUUUUUCAUCGUAUUUUAUUUUUACAGUAUUUGAUUUUGAAUAGCUAAGGACACAAAUACGAAAGUUUUACUCACAAAUUAUUUUGUAAUUGCUAAUAAAUGGUUUGAAUAAGCAUAAGCAUAAGCGGAACGAUGAGCUCUUACAUAUGCCAUGGUGUUGUUAUUAGUAUCAUUGUUGAGGAUCAAAAUUUGUUAUAUGUAUUGGUAAUAUGGUUUUGUUAUUAGUAUAAUUGUUCGUGAGGAUCAAAAUUUGUUAUAUGUAUUGGUAAAAGACCCCUCAAUGUUAUAGUUUCACAUGUGGUGUAAUCUGGGUGGUGUUGCAAUAAGGUUAGGGGUCCUAUGUUUUCUUCUUUUUCAUUCGGAGAUUAGGGGAUCCCACGUGUGUUGAUCACAUGAUCCCUUCAAAAGUCCUGUGUCUUGUAAUUCUCCAACUAUGUUAUUGAAUAAAGUGCCGUGGUACCAGGAGAUGAGCU